AUGACCCCUGAAGACACUAGUCGGCCAGACAUCGAUGACAACUGCGAUGAAAGAACCGCAGACACAUUCAAUAUAUGCUUAAACGAUCAUAUACAGCGAGGCGGUGAAGCUGUCAGGCUACUAUCCUGUCAUUUAACCGACACCGAUGAAUCAGCCGAAAAGUACCGAACUUUGACCGUUGCAACUGAGCACACAAUCGCCCCUGUCAAGUCACUCGAAUCGUUUUCACCAAAAAUGCCAAAACCAAUCCCAGCCUCGACAGCCGAGGAUGAAAAGGAGAAUCGAAAAUGA